UAGGACUCGGCCGCUGUGGACACCACGGAGGGUUCUCUAGCCGCCGGCCUACGGUGUAGCUUCGCUUUUUCGGCCGCGAGCAUUCUAUGGUGCCUGCCGGGACAUGUGGCGCCUCACGGGGCUUCUGGGCCGAGUUUACUCCCGUCUUCCGGGACCUGACUUUCGGGGGGUGACCCCCAAGCCCACCAGCCCAGAUGGGUCUCAGGCAACCUCCUCCACCCUGCUGGUCCCUGUGCCCAGUAUUGACAGGUCUGGCCCUCAAGGCCCAAGCAGGAGCAGAGGCCCAAAGUCACAUGGAUGGAAGGAUGCUUUGCAGUGGAUGUCUGCUCGGGUCUCCCCAAACACCCUGUGGGAUGCCAUCUCAUGGGGCACUCUGGCCUUGCUGGCCCUACAUUUGGCAAGGCAGGUCCACUUCCAGGCAUCCCUGCCAGCAGGACAUCAGCAAGCAGAAUGCUCUUGGCGUAGUCCUUUGCAGCGCUUCCUCCCUGCUCCCUGCUGGCACCCGUACUCUUCUCUGCGGAACCAUGUUCUCCCCAGCCCUGACAGCCCAGCUUCCAGACACAGUGGCCUCAGGGAACCUAGACUGAGCCAGGAAGAACUGGAAUCUCAGCUCAGGAGUUCCCUUUCACCCAGCUCCUUGAAGGCAACUAAUUCUCAGGACCCUCCUGAGGAAGAUUCCAGUGAUUUGAACUUCCUUCAAGCCAGCAGUGGCUUUGAGGCCAAGGUACAGCCACAGGCACCUGGUGAAAACAAGGAACAAGAUAAAUCAAAAGCCCUUCCCCUGGAAGAGGCCAUGACUUCUAUUCAGCAACUCUUCCAACUCAGCGUUUCCAUCGCUUUCAACUUCUUGGGAACAGAGAACAUGAAGAAGGGGGACUACAUGGCAGCCUUUACUUACUUCCAAAAAGCUGCAGACCGUGGAUACAGCAAAGCGCAAUACAACAUGGGCUUGUGUCAUGAGCAUGGCAGAGGCACAUCUAGGGACCUCAGCAAGGCGAUUCUGUAUUACCAACUAGCUGCUAAACAGGGUCAUAGACUGGCUCAGUACCGCUAUGCCAGAUGCUUGCUGCAAGACCCCACCUCCUCGUGGCACCCUGAGCAGCAGAGGGCAGUGUCCAUGCUGGUGCAGGCUGCAGACUCAGGCUUGAGAGAGGCCCAAGCUUUCCUCGGAGUGCUUUUCACCAAGGAGCCAUACCUGGACGAGCAGAAUGCUGUGAAAUAUCUUUGGCUUGCAGCCAAUAAUGGGGAUUCACAGAGCAGGUACCACUUGGGAAUUUGCUAUGAGAAGGGCCUUGGUGUGCAGAGGAAUCUGGGAGAGGCUGUGAGAUGUUACCAGCAGUCAGCGGCUCUCGGAAAUGAACCCGCCCAGGAGAGGCUUCGGACUCUCUUUUCCAUGGAGGCAGCAGCCCCAAGGCCCCGCCACCUGACAGUGACAGGACCAAAGUCUUUCUCCAGUCCAUCCCUGUGCAGCCUGAACACCCUGCUGGCAGGUACAUCAGGCCUCCCUCACGCAUCAAGCACAGGAAACCUGGGUCUCCUAUGCAGAAGAGGACAUCUUGGCACCAGUCCCGGAGCUCCUGACAGGGCAUUCCCUUCCUUGGAAAACAGUCUAGUAAGACUGGGUUUUGGCUAAGGAAUUUCUUGCCUGAAUGCUUGGAUGUGUCUGCAUGACUUUUCCAAACCUCCUCAGCCGGUGUAUUCUUGGAGUUCCAAAGAAGAGGCCAGUUAUCCACUCACCUUCCCUUACACCUGGAGCACCUCCUCAACACCAUAAAGAAAAGAAGUAUGUGAAAAUGCAGUUCUGGUUCUGCUAAAUACCUGGCAGUAAAGCCAUGAUCUGACUGAUUUAUUGCUUCCUUAACUGUAGAUCAAGGACAGUGGUAUGUGCCCUCACAUCUAUAGGACUGAGGUAGGGUGGCUCACUGUGAUAGACCUCAUUGUUUACUUUGGCCCCUGAAGCAGGUGAUGCCCCUGGUCAUACCUGUAUGAGUCACCAAACCAGGAUAAGGACGUGGGCUUCCUGACUCCCUUGCCCAGGCUUCUGAUCUGCCAAUUCACAGUCAUUGUCUGUGAAACCAUUGUUAUUGUCCUGCUGAUAUGAGGGAAUAAAUGGAGACCAGGCUCCUGGAGUCUUGGAGCCAGAGAGUGUAGAUUGUGAGUCUUCAUUUGGGAAAGGUGAGCCAGAAAUGUAUGAGUGUUUAAUAAAGCAGAGUGGAUUAUCUCAUCACUCUUGCCCUUGAGUGUGUUGGGGAGAGAUAGGGAGAUGAGCAGGGAGAACUGAAAGCCAAGGCUCCAUCCUCAUCUCUAAACUCUCCAUUAACCAAUUUAAAGGGUCUUAAAAGCUUCUCUAAGAGAGAGACUUAGGGAAAAAAAAUGAUUUCUGAGGCAACACUAAUGACUCCCAAUAACUGAAUUUGUGAAUAGCUGUUCUCUGGCUUCUGGAUGUUAGCCCAAGUUCAAUAGCAUAGAUGUGGUUGAAGAUGGGGGUGGGAGGGACUGAGGAGCAGCCGCACAUACCCCCUGUCUAGUUGACUAAGUAGGAAGGCCUAGCCAGAGUGGUGGGUCAGAGGUGGGAAAAUUUGGGGGAAAUGUCUUCAUUUCACUCUCUGCUGCCCACUUUCGCCUUUCACCAUUCUCUCAAGUAGCCCCUGUCACCCUCUCUAGCAUCCCCCUCACCAGUGGGGCUGUAGAAUCUCCCUAUGACUACCCUGUACACUGACCUCACCCCUAUUGAAUCUCCCACAGACAGUGCUCCUUGGUUUUGUAUUCCAAUGUCCCAGCACUUAGCACACUGCUUUGUACAGGGCAGAAGCUCAGUAUGCAGUUGUAAGCUAUGCAGUGCACUAAUCUCUCCGAAAAAAAAAAAAGAAAAGAAAAAAGCUUCUGUGGUCAAAUAAAUUUGGUAAACACUGCUCUGGCAUCCCCUUUUUAUAGAUUCAUAGUACAUCAGCUAUGCCAGAUUCCAAGAAGUCCUGCAGGAACAUGGUUAACCCUGUGAGUUCCUUGCUGAGGUGAGCGUGGAGCCUGCCCCCUGCAGGUGGUCUGUGAGCCUUCCUGGGCUUCUUACUGGUUCUGGAUCAUUGUGAGUUCCCUUUCCACGCCCAGGGUCCAGCAUGGUUCAGACAGCAGAGCUGGGUGUUCUGUGGUGAUGAACUGCUCUCCCUCCUGUCCAGCCACUGCUGAGUGAAACGUGGACUCAGUUUGGGGUGCCCGAGGUAAAGUUGGAUGUUUCUAAGUUUUCCAGCCUAAAAAAAGAAGAGCUUCUGCUUAUGGAGAGGAAAGAGAAGUCAUGAGAAAUGUCAGGGGACCAAAACUCCAUGGUGGAUGUGCAGUCACUUCAGGCUCCGUACAGCCCCAGGGGACAGCUUCGUGGGUAGAUCUAGCAACUACUGUGUCUCUGCCAUUAAAAUUCUGGUAUUAAUGACUCAUCAUCAGUACCCGCAGAGGAAACUGAGAGGAGGACAAGGAGAUGGCCCCAAAGCAGGGUCAGCCGGCUCCGGAUGCCGGAGAUCCAAAGUUUGGGCCUUAUGUCCUCAGCUGUGAGACCUUUGACCAAAGCUCUGCUGCUUUGGUUUCCCUCUCUGGAAUGUUUUUCCCAUGAAGCUGACACUAUGAGGGAAGCAAAGCCAUUUGGUUCAUUAGAUCUUCAGUGUGAAUCCCUUGUGGGCACUUAGUAGAUGUUGAGUGAAAAUUUGUUUAAUAAAUGAGAAUGAUACGUGCAUCUCCCUCCACCCAAAUCACAGCACAUAAGUAAAUGUCGAAUGAAUGUUUCCCUGCUGUUGGUCCUUGUGCUACUAACACUUAAGAUAUUGUCCAGCACAUGCAACAUGUUCGUUGAGUGAAUGUGUAUGUGUGUAAUCCUAUUACAUUGUGCCCAGUAGUUAGUAGGGGCUAUAAAACACUGAGCUAUUUUCUAGGUGCACAUUAUGUGCCAGGUGCUCUGAGCCUCCCCCCUUGCCCCUCCUCCUAUCUUCUUGGGAUUUGGCUCUCUCCAGAGUCCCAAUCGUGGCAGUUGCCAUCUCAUUGUUAGUUCAGCCAGAGGACAGGUAGGGUCAGUGAGCUGCCAGGCUAAAGUUGGAUGACAGAUGAGAAGACUGCCUGUCAAUCUCUGAGCUGCCCCCAGGCUCCAAGUGAACACUGCAUUACACUCUUGGUGCUGACUAUUGAUAAAAAAGAAAAAAAAAUGUCCCUCUGUGCUUCCAAAUUAAGACGACAUUUAACUGAGUGCUUGCUGGCUCGCCUGCUUCUUCAUCUCCCAGGGGACAGAGCCCAUCUUGGUGGAAACUGUUUUGAACAUGCCCAAAGUCUCAGCUUUGACAUCUUGGCUGAUGUCAAGAAGUUUCUGUAACCUUCCUGUUCAGCACACCCAGUUCUGUCACCAUAUGCACUGUCUCAUGCUCAGCCUGUUAUUCGGAAAAUGCUGGUGUCAGCGUGCUAGGAAGGGAUAUGUGUGCAGGAGAGAGCAGCAGCCUCACAUUACUCUUCUCCCUUGACCAGAGAGCAGCUCUUCCAAAGAGUUCUCUGUGCUACGCAGGGACAGAGCUAGAGGACUGCCAUGGUCCUGAAUUUUAUUUAGGUCAGAGACCCCUUUGGGAAUCUGAUAAAAGCACCCAUUCUUUCCCAAAGAAAACACAUGUCCUCUUGAUUUUGCAUGCAACUCAGCAGGUUUAUAGAUCCGUAAGCCCCACAGCGGACCAGGUUAAAAGUCUUUCACAUAUUAGAACACUAACCUAAAUCUCAGAUCCAGAACCUGGCUUGGACACAAGCCUGCCAUAUAAACUCAGGCAAGUCACUUCUAUGUCUUUCUAUAUCCUUGGCUACAAAAUGAAAGCACUGAAGUUCAGAUUUCCUAUGACUAUAACUGCCUAUGUCGGUGGCAUUUUAGACAGUGCUUUAGAUCAGUGCUACAUAACCUUUUAUAGGCCACAUAUUCCUUUGGGAAUUUGGUGAGAACUUUCUGUUUUCUGCCUUGGAAAUGCCUAGACCGAAAGUUUUGCCUGGUAUUCAGGGACUGACUGGUUUUAGGCAUUGGGUGGGGAUACAGUAGUCCAGUGUAUUCAAGACUCAGUCGCAGCCAUGAUUUCAACUUCCUUAGGCCGUCUCUCCUUUCUCUUAACCCUCCCAACAUUAUUUCUUCCCUAUAAAUCCACUAGUACCUGGUGUGGGGGGAAUGUACACAUGAUCUACUUUUGUGCUCUACCUUCCAGACUUUGAAUGUAUAUAAUAGAACUACUUUUUCAUAAUAUAGUUCUGCCUGGAGCUCCAAUAUA